CUCUUGACUUUUUUUUGGGGGUGUUACUUUCGAGAAUGAUAGGCCAACCUUGACUUGGCCUUGGCCUUUCCCCAUUCGCGAUAAGGAGGAGAACGUUGUACCCAGGAGCAAUCCCCAUUGUCGUAACAAGCGGCCCUGAUUUUCGUAUCAUAAAUGGGAUUCAUGCUGCCUUUCUGUUGAGUGUCACUGUUCUUUGGUUUGUCCAGAGAUAUGAGACCAUCCUUCCUUCGUUAGUCUAUCUUGAUUUUCAAGGCGUCAAACAAGCUAUUCCGCACUCUCAACUUACUCCAUCUCCUGGCCUUGCAAUAUGGCAAGCAGCCUUAUCAGACGUUUUCCCGAGAGCAUUCCUGCUCCUCAUUUUCAGGCGAAAGGUGCCGAAAACGUGCAUGGAGAGGAUAUGUGGCUGGACAAUGAUGACAUUCGACCACUGAAACUGGCUGACCGGACUUGGAAUCUUUGGACUUACCUGACUUUCUGGUUCUCUGCAACCGCCACCGUGUCAAACUGGUACGCAGCAUCCAGCGCGCAGGCCCUGGGUCUGAGUAUGUGGGAAUCGAUCGGAUGCUCAUUUGGCGGUCAAAUUCUCAUCGCUAUCGUCAUUGUGCUCAAUGGACGAGCAGGUGCGAAGUAUCACAUUGGAUACCCGAUCCUGAACAGAGCAGCAUUUGGCGUGUUUGGUGCUUGGUGGCCAACUUUCAAUCGAGCUGUGAUGGCUAUUGUCUGGAACGGCGUGAAUGCUGUCCAGGGUGGGCAAUGUAUUUAUGUCAUGCUCCACGCUCUCACACCUAAGAUCGCCAAUAUUAAGAACGUGAUGGGCUCCGGAUCAGUCCUUGAUUCUGGUGGGAUGAUAGGAUUCGCAAUCUUCUGGAUUUUAACCUGCUGUUUCCUCGUUAUUCCAGUCCCAAAGAUGAGAGGCCUCGUGUACGCAAAGCUCAUCGUCUUCAUCAUUUCCGCCAUCGCCAUGUGUGCCUGGACUCUCACCCUAGCCGGUGGUAUCGGCGAAGUCGCCCGCCAACCCGGAACAGCACACGGCUCAACGAAAGCCUGGCUAAUCGUCCGCUUCCUCCUCCUCGGCGCUGCAAGCUGUGCAACAUUUGCUUCAAACGCGGCAGAUUUCCAAAGAUAUGCCACAAAACCCAACGACGUACUUCUUGGGAAUUUAGUCGGCUUUCCCCUUUCCAACUUCCUCGUUGCUGUGGUAGGCAAUCUAGUAGGAAGCAGCAGCCAAGUCCUCUACGGAAAAAUCAUCUGGUCGCCACUAACCUACCUCGACAUGCUUCAAACUUCCUCUUAUACCUCCUCCCGUCGAGCCGGUUGCUUCUUUAUCGCUGCCGCCUUCGCCUAUAGCGCCAUCUUCUCCUCGAUCUUCGAGAACUCGUUGCCGGCUGGGAACGACAUCGCUGCUCUCUUUCCAAAGUACAUUUCUGUUAGGAAGGGAUUCUUCAUUUGCGCUGUUAUCUCAUUCGCGAUUAAUCCGUGGUAUCUUUUGGGGAGCGCGAGUAUAUUUAUUUCAUUCCUUGCCUCGUAUCAAAUAUUUCUCUCGUCGAUCACGGGGGUCCUGUUAUGCCAUUACUAUGUUAUUUCGCGCGGGUACCUGGAGAUCGAUGAUCUCUAUACAAGUAGGAAGGAGGGAGUGUAUUGGUAUUUCCAUGGCUGGAAUUGGCGCGCCUAUCUUGCGUAUGUGGUCGGCAUUGCACCGAAUUUUUACGGGUUUCUGAAUAAUAUGGGGGUGCACGCGUCGGACGGAGUAGUGAAGGCGUAUUAUUUUGCGUAUCCGAUUGGGCUGUGCGUUAGCUUUUUGGUUUAUUGGGGGGCAUGUUGGAUUAGUAGGCCGGCGGGCAUGGUGGGAUUGGGGGAAUGGAGGGAGGUUAAGGAUUAUGUGCGGCCGGAGGAGAGGGGUGUGGAAGGGAGGGCAGAUGUCGAGAGUGAGAGUGGGGGGAGUGUGGAGAGGGAGAUGGUGGUGAAGGAGGCUGCGGUUGGGGUAAGUCCGGCGAGGAGUGUGGAUAAAUAGAUCUUAGAAUUGAACAGAGGAUUAGAUGGCGUCAUGUACAAUAGAUACUAGACCAAGAAUGGUUUUGUUUGGUAUAUCAUAUGUUCUGGAUUGAGGUUGUCUAAUAGUGUGCGGAGCCAGAUCUUGGAGACGAAUAUAUCUAGAUGAUGCGAACUCAUUUGAAAGACAUGUUUACUAUUUAGCUUAUGAAGAGGUAAUGUAAGAACAAAGACUCUCCUCUCGCUAUGAAACAGUUUUCGAUGACACGUUCACGUUCUCCUCGAUCUCGGUGUCAAAGCUGCCGCCGACACCGAGUAAACUUGGGCGAACAGCCCCCUAUCUUAUCAAGUCAACUGAUAUCCCGAUAAGAGACCUCAGAAAAACAUAUCUGGAGUGCGACGUGCAACAAAAGACCUUAGCGUGUGACUCAUUCAUUCACUGCAGAUAUCGA